GGCGGGGGCGGGACGCAAUUCGGCGCACGACUCGACGGCGCUGCAGACGAUCCUUCUCUGCACCUGGACGCCAGUAUAUAAGCCUCCUCGAGCCGCUCUCCCUUCACCACCUCGGUCUCCAUUCUCCGUUCGCCCCCAUACUAAUUCCACUUUUCGUCCCAUACCCUUUGUAAUCCUCGUCCCCUCUCCCUCCCUCCCUCCUCCAUCCCCUUCGAUUUCCGCCUCCGAUUGGCUCCGAGUUCGAACCGAUCGUCGGUCGGCACAUUCAAUUCAAUCUUAGCUUCCCGUCCCGUCCUGUCGUCCAAUCUCAGAGCACAAUUUUGCAGCGAGGUCAGUCCAGUCCAGUCCAGUCCAAUCCAGUCCGACUGUGGGUCGGUCGGUGGGUGAAAGUAGUCAUGUCGAGCAACGAGCAGAUGAAGAAUGUGAAAGACGGAGCUGUGGCACGCAGCUCCGAGGGGUCGAUGAAACAAUUCGGCAUGGAGAAGACCAACACCUUGUCUCCCCGCAAGCCUAAGAACUCCGCAAAGCCACCGAAGUUCCGAAUGGAGAAGGCUGCGCUGGCGGCGGCGGCGCAGACCAGCCAGUUCGAAGCCGAGGUCAGUAGCAAGCUGCAGCAGCAGGCGGCGGCCCCGAAGCCUGCCAUGAAAAGGCUGGAGAGACUCGGCAAAUUCCGGUCCAGAAGUGGUCACAUGGACGUCGACCUCACCACUCUCCGGGUCUAGACCUCUCGCUGCCGUCCUGCUCGAUCGAUCGAUCGAUCGAUCGGUGGGGUGGGGUAGAAGAAUAUAUUAUCGUCCCGAGUCGAGUCGAGCCGCAUUCGUCGUGGUCCUCGGCUCGCUUCGGGACAUUUGCCGGCCCUUGUAGUCACUGAGAAACAGGUGUACGAGAAUUUCACAGGUCCUGCUGCCAAGGCAUCUAUCCAUCUGGGACGCUGACAGUCGAGUCGGCCAGCAGCAGCAGCAGCAGCUUAAGUCCGUCCACCAAAGCUAGGUACAGUACGCGUAUGUACAAUCUCUCCGAGGCUUAGCACCCUCGAGCCUUGCGAACGCGCAGGAUCUCCAAUCGUGUUGAUUUGUGCCUCCUCUCCAAGGCUCGGAUUCCCCGCCCUGUGGUAGUAGCUCUAGUUAUCCCCCCCGGUUUGUGGAGACAGAUUCUUCUCAGAGGUGUGAGUUGUGAUUGCGGUCGACGCUGCAAAGGAACGAAUUGCUCCGUCCCAGUCUGUGGGAUUGGAGACCCGGAUGACACAUCUGUCACGAGAAGAAUGCAGGCGUCGACAUGUAUAGCGGAUCUCCCCCCUUCUAUAACGAUAAGAAAAAGUUGAUCACGAAGACCCUGUUACAGCUGCUCAUCUGGAUCAACGAUGCCUUUCCCCGAGACCAUGGAGGUCAGACCUCUCAGCGAGCAUGCGACCCAUCCCUCCCGAUGACAGCCAUAGCUAGAUCCUCUGCAGGCAUCACUCUUCAGGUUCUAGGUGCAAUAAGAGGCGGCGAUGAGCCCACUCGAUAAUCUUCACCCUCGAACAACGAGGGGAAGAAUCCAUCGCCCAUGUGUACAUAUUACUCAACAAGGCUAGCCAGUUUGUGACUAUACUCAUCAAUAAAUUGAAGAGACGAGGUUCAUUCU